GCACAUUUCACAGUUCACAUUAACAGCGAAACGUCGUAAAGUGAAGUUAUCAAUAUGUCUUAUAAGGAAGAAUGCAGUUAUACAAAGUUUGAUUGCUUCAAAGCUUGUCACACAUGGACCAUCGAAAAGUUUUCUUUGUUUAAUGGAUAUGAAACAUCUUAUUCCCUUUUUUCAAAUUACUUUGAUGCCUAUAAUGAGUGUAGCCCGAGUAUUAAACGUUUUAGAUUAGAACUUUAUAAAAAAAACACGGAUUUUUGUGUACGCGUAAAAAGAAACAAUGAUAUCUUUAACUGUUUCAAGGCUUACAUCAGUAUUUCUAUACUGAAUACUACAAUUAAAAAAUGUAUUCCGAAUUCAUUCUCUAAGGAUACAACAAUUUUGUUAGUUUCGGCUAAUGAACUAUUUGAUAAAACGAAGGUUUUAUUGCCCGAGGACAAACUUAUAAUUCGCUGUGAGAUGUUUCUGUUUUUCGAAAAUUACACGAUUUUGUCCAUCAAAAUUCCCGAGUGCGAAUUGGCCACAAAUUUUGCUGAUGUACUUAAUUCUGAGGAAUUCACAGAUGCAACAAUUGUGACUAAGGACAACCAUGAGAUACCAGUCCACAAGGUUAUACUUUCAGCCCGCAGCAAAGUGUUUGCGGCCAUGUUUAAGAAUCCAAUGGAGGAAAGUCGUAACAAUCGUGUUAUCAUUAGCGAUUUCAACCAUGAGGUUGUCAAAGAAUUGCUGAAUUUCAUCUACACGGGUAAAGCACCUCAAUUGAAAGACGUGGUUGAAGAUUUGCUGGUUGCUUCUGACAAAUACGACCUCGGCAGACUGAAGGCAAUGUGUUUAAAAUACCUAAGUGACAACCUUUCCAUUGAAACUGCGGCCUUGACGUUCGUCUUAGCCUCUCUUUAUAAUGAGGACGAACUGAAAUUAAAGUCAAUCAAUUUUAUUAAAACACAUGAAAAUAAGGUAAUGAACUCAUCGGACUGGAGGAGUGUCCUCACCACACAUAAAAAUGCUCUAUUGGAGGCAUUUGUUGAUUCCAAACUAAUCAAAAUGAUAUUUAACACUAAUAUUAAUUGAAGACACGAACUGCAAAAAUUAUGAAUUAAAGUAUAGUAACAAAGCACAUCUUGUAGAAAAGGUGCUUCGCUAUACCAUUAUAAUUUUAAUUACUUUUUUUAAUCCUUGGAGUUAAGACAAUAAGAAACAACUGAAUAUUUUAAACAAUUAAUGAAUUAAAGUAAACAAACAAAUUCUGAAG